ACACAUUCUGUCCUCCCCCACCCUCUUUCCACUCUUUUCCCCUCCCCCUCUCCUCCUCUGGAAUCCAGCGUCCUGGGAGUCUUUCCAUUCGUGCCUGUCUGUGGCAGUCUACGGAGGGAAGAGCAGUCUGCGGAGGGAAGAGCAGUCUGCGGAGGGAAGACCUGGUAGAAGCACUCUGCUACAGGACUAAGCUCUAUUUUCAAAUCUAUAGAUUCUGCCUUCCCUCUCCUGGCUUCUCCAGUGAGCUGCUCUGCUCAAUCUGUGCUGAGAUCUCCUUUUGAUCUGGGCACCUGUUCCAACUCAUCAGCCAGGUGAAGGUGAUUCUUUCUCUGUCUCCCUCAGCCAUUGUUUUUGGGCUUCUUUUCCUCCCUCCCUCCCUCCCUCCUCUCUGUGUUCAGCCCUGCCUCAUGCUUUGAGUGAGUGGGUUUGGCUGUGGCUUGCAGUGCGCGUGGAGCUCCAGAAUAUUCCUCACUAGAGUGAAGGUGUGGAACACUGGAGUAGAAUACUGAGACAGAACAGUGAGGUGUUUUGGUGAGGUAGAAUUAUUUUGUAGAAUACUGAUUUAGAACACUGAGGUAGAAUUUCUGAGUAGCGUUCUGAGCUGGAACUUUAGCAAUAACUUUAAUUCUGAAGUAGAAUACUGUGGUGGAAUACUUGAUCGGAAUACUGAGCUAGAAGUAUUUUGUGGAACAUUCAGGUAGGUACUGUAGAGUAGGGAGGAUGGGGGGUCAUACUGCAGUGGUGUGUUUGGUUCUGCUGGCCCUAUGCUGUGUGCUACUGAUAAGAGGAGGGGAGAGCGCAGGAGGCAUAGUCUCUAUAGGCCAGGCUGUGGAGGAGAGAGGGAUGGAUGGAGGAAUGGAGGCCCUACAUGGAGAGGAGUCCCAGGAUGAGCCGGCUAAAGAACAGGAGCUCACAGAGACGCAAAGACAGACUGGCAAGGCAAAGAGAGCCACAGAGGAAGAAGCCGUACCAGCCCGGGUCAGGAGAGCCCCAGAGGAGGACGAGGGCAAAGGGAAGAAAAAAAAGGGUAAGAAGGACAAGAAGAACAAGGAGUCUAAAGCAGACAAAAAGCUGAAGGACAAGGGAGGCCGCCGCAGCAAAGCACCAACAACUCCACCACCGACCACUACCACACUACCACCGACCACUACCACAGAGGUGUACACAGAGCCAGAGGAUGACUACUGGAACCCUGAUGAUGAUAAGCCAGCCACCCCAGAGACCGACUCAGAGGAUGACUACUGGAACCCUGAUGAUGAUAAGCCAGCCACCCCAGAGACCGACUCAGAGGAUGACUACUGGAACCCUGAUGAUGAUAAGCCAGCCACCCCAGAGACCGACUCAGAGGAUGAGUACUGGAACCCUGAUGAUGAUAAGCCAGCCACCCCAGAGACUGACUCAGAGGAUAAGUACUGGAACCCUGAUGAUGAUAAGCCAGCCACCCCAGAGACUGACUCAGAGGAUGAGUACUGGAACCCUGAUGAUGAUAAGCCAGCCACCCCAGAGACUGACUCAGAGGAUGAGUACUGGAACCCUGAUGAUGAUAAGCCAGCCACCCCAGAGACUGACUCAGAGGAUGAGUACUGGAACCCUGAUGAUGAUAAGCCAGCCACCCCAGAGACUGACUCAGAGGAUGAGUACUGGAACCCUGAUGAUGAUAUGCCAGCCACCCCAGAGACUGACUCAGAGGAUGACUACUGGAAGGGAGAGGAGGAGGAGCCUGCAGGCCCAGUGGUCGACACAGAAGAUGACUAUUGGAAGGGAGAGGACCCGGCGGCCACAUCCCCCCUCUUGUGGUGGAUGGAGAGGUGGACACGGGAGAUGAAGACUACUGGGAAGCCAAAUAUGAGGUGCCCGAGAAUCUUCCUUUCCCUGACGGUAAAGAGGUCGUCCCCACAGAGAAAGAUGACUUGAGCUACGUUGUCACAGAGGAUUCUAUUACACCACCACCUACCUAUGAAAGCCCAUGGUACGAGGAGUAUGACUAUGGAUAUAGUGGUGGAGAGA